AUGGAAACGGUGCUUCCCCUGCCGUUUCUCGUCAGCGUGGCCAUUCCUCCCGGCCUGGCCAAGCUUGACGGCCUCAACCGCGAGGAGGUUUCCAUUCUCGCCAGCCCCUUCCUCGAGGCGUCGCCCAAGAUCCUGGACAAGCUCUCCCGAUUCUUCAAGCGCCACAGCUCCGAGUUCCACGCCCACAUCGACGCCACAACCCUCGAAUCUGCCGACGAUGUCUAUGCGCUGCUCGAUGGCGGCGCCCGCAAAGUCUUUGUUGCGGCCGAGACGCUCCCUCAGUACGCAGAGCUUGGAGACCGAGUGCUGCCCGUUGUAUCAACGCUGGACCUGUCUGCCGCCUCCGAGCACGGCCUUCUGAUCAAGGAUUUCGACGCCAAGGCGAGCAAUAAGUGCAACGCCAUUCCCAUCUUGCCCUCGACUGGAUUGACAACCGACAAGGCGGAUAGCAGCAGGCUUCUGCUUUCCAAGGUCAUUGCGACAUACUGGAAGUCAGACCGCACCGAUGGCCUCAUCCCGACGGUAGUUACUGAUGUUUACGGAAUUGCGCUGGGACUGGCUUAUACUAGCGAGGAGAGCAUCCUGGAAGCUCUUCGAACCCACACUGGCGUCUACCAGAGCCGCAAGCGAGGACUGUGGGUGAAGGGAGCCACUUCGGGAGACACCCAGGAGCUCGUCCGCAUCGCAUUGGACUGCGACAAUGACACUCUCAAGUUUGUGGUGAAUCAAAAGGGACGAUUCUGCCACCUCGAGCAGUUUGGCUGCUUCGGUGAGCUGAGUGGCAUCGCGAGACUGGAGCAAACCCUCAAGUCAAGAAAAGAGUCUGCUCCUCCAGGCUCAUACACUGCCAGACUAUUCUCUGACGAGAAGCUGCUGAGGGCUAAGAUCAUGGAAGAAGCUGAAGAGCUGUGCGAUGCCAAGACUCCCGAGGAGGUUGCAUUUGAGGCCGCCGACUUGAUCUACUUUGCCCUCACAAGAGCUGUUGCUGCUGGCGUGAGCGUAGCUGACAUUGCUGGCAGCUUGGACGCCAAGGGCCUCAAGGUCAAGAGAAGAACGGGCGACGCCAAGGGCAAGUGGGCUGAAAAGGAAGGCAUCAAGCCAUCUGCUCCCGCUGCCCCAGCCAAGCCGGCUGAGGCUGAGAAGCCCAAGAGCGGCCGAAUUCUCAUGCAGAGAAUCGACUCGGUCAACGCUACUGAGGCAGAGCUUCUCGAGACCUUGAAGCGACCCUCACAGAAGUCCCCUGAAGCCAUCCUGAAGAUUGUGACUCCCAUUAUCGAGGAUGUUCGCAAGAACGGAGACAAGGCCGUCCUUUCAUACACUCACAAAUUCGAGAAGGCCACUUCUCUAACAUCUCCCGUCCUGAAAGCUCCUUUCCCCAAGGAGUUGAUGCAGCUCCCUGCCGAGACCAUCAAGGCCAUGGACACCUCCUUUGAAAACAUCCGAAAGUUCCACGCUGCCCAGGGCGACGACAAGACUCUCCAGGUCGAGACCAUGCCUGGCGUCAUCUGCAGCCGCUUCUCAAGACCCAUUGAGAGGGUUGGUCUGUACGUCCCUGGAGGUACUGCCGUUCUGCCCAGCACUGCUCUCAUGCUCGGUGUCCCCGCCAUGGUUGCCGGCUGCAAGAAGAUUGUCCUAGCCUCGCCUCCUCGUGCCGACGGCAGCGUCACUCCUGAAAUCGUCUACGCCGCUCACAAGGUCGGAGCCGAAAGCAUCGUCCUCGCUGGUGGAGCACAGGCUGUUGCCGCCAUGGCCUACGGUACUGAGAGCAUCACCAAGGUUGACAAGAUCCUCGGUCCCGGCAACCAAUUCGUCACUGCGGCCAAGAUGCACGUCAGCAACGACACCAAUGCGGGCGUGGGCAUCGACAUGCCCGCUGGCCCAUCUGAAGUGCUGGUCAUUGCCGACAAGGAUGCCAACCCCGCGUUCGUGGCAUCAGAUCUGCUUUCUCAGGCCGAGCACGGCGUUGACAGCCAGGUCAUUCUGAUUGCUGUCGAUCUCAACGAAGAGCAGCUCAAGGCUAUUGAAGAUGAAGUCCACAACCAGGCCAUUGCCUUGCCCAGAGUGGACAUUGUGCGUGGCUCCAUUGCCCACUCCGUCUCUGUGCUCGUCAAGGACAUUGAUGAGGCCAUGCGCAUCAGCAACGAAUAUGCUCCGGAGCAUCUCAUCUUGCAGAUCAAGGAUGCCGCCAAGGCUGUCGAUCUCGUCAUGAACGCAGGCAGUGUCUUCAUUGGCCAGUGGACACCCGAGAGUGUUGGUGACUACUCUGCCGGUGUGAACCACUCACUACCAACCUACGGAUUCGCUAAGCAGUACUCUGGCGUCAACCUGGGAUCCUUCCAGAAGCACAUUACCAGCUCCAACCUCACUGCGGAAGGUCUGCGAAACGUGGGCUCGGCAGUCAUGCAGCUGGCCAAGGUAGAGGAGCUUGAGGCUCACAGGAGGGCGGUAGAGAUUCGUAUCAAGCACAUGGAUGCGCAAAAAUAGGGCGAAGAAAGAAAGAAAGAAAAAAAAAAACUUGGAGAAAGGAUGGGCUUUCUAUGUAAAAUUAAUUGGCUAAGAAAAUCAUGGAGCGACAAAACGUCUGGAGAAUAAGUAGACGAAGAGAAAACACUGUUUUGGAUAAAAUAUUUCAUCAUUUAUACAUGUUUAUAUAUCUAUGAGGAUAUGAUGAGAUCGCUUGAUGCGGAAAACUUCUAAACUUAGCAACAAACCCAAACGUAUGAGAACUCCCCAUAACC